GCACCAUAGGAGAACUCUCUGUGACAAGGGGGCCGAGACCGCCGCCUUCACUCCACCUGCAACGAUCAUCUCCUUCGGUUACAUUCUUCCCGGCGGCCCUCUGCUCUGGGUGGAGAAGACUAGGAUGGAAAAUUUAGGGCCAGCGGCAGAUGAAGAAUUUCACCCAACUAGGAUCCGUGUUCGCCCAAAUAGGAAGCCUCGCAUUGUUAUAGAGGACUACAUGCCUUCGCUGGGAGCCUACCUGCCGAGGGAAACAGAACCAGUUGAUGUCAACGUGAUACGUGAAAUCAAUGCGAGGUUGACUUCAGUUAUGGAAGACGUGAGAGUGAUGAAGAGGAGGCUGACUCGCAUCGUGAUCUUACAGUUGCUCUGCUUGAUGGUUGCAGUAUCUGGUUUGCUUGUCAAACUCUUCAGUAGGAAGUAAUAAAUAAAAGAGUAAGUAGUAGUCCUCUUGUAUCAUAUGUUUAAUCUCAGUCAAAUGAGGCAUUCCUGUAAACCUGGAAGUGUUCCUGGGGCUAGGAUGUAUUUAAUAUGGCGAAACCCGGGGUGACCUGUUAUGUAAUAUGGCUAUCUUCAUCUAACUGUUGUUGUUUGCUGGCUGGCUACUUGCAAUUAGAUAAAAAAAAAGGUGUCUGAACUAUGGUUGCGGACUUGCGGCCCUUCUGUAUCGUACUAUCGUGAGUGUUUGACCAUGCGGUUGUGCUAUUUGUAAAACAAAGUUGUACACCAACUUGUUCACCUGCUCAAAUUGACAUCAUUUUUGCUGUCAAAGGCUUGUCUGAGGAAGUAGUGAUCUUGUAUGUGCAAGUUGGAGUACAACUUUGUUAUUUAAAGAGCAUUUCUCACUUUCUCUGUUGGUGUUUUUUCAAAUAGUUAUAGUGCUUACCAAAUUUUAACUCA